AUGAGCGCAAGAGAUACUCAUUCCAUUCAACAGGCGCGAAGUGUUGUGGAACAGUUACGUCGUGAACGUAACUUACGUCGUACGACGAUCUCUCAAACGGCGAGUGAUUUAGUGCGGUAUACGCAAGAUUGUCAAAGAGACGACAUAUUACUGACAGGCUUUCCGAAUGAUAAGAUGAAUCCAUUCCGACCUAAAAGUUCCUUCCAGUGUUUGCUACUUUAA